UUCUUAGCUAUGACGCGUGGACUUUCUAGGAAUGAUAUAUGAAUCUUUUUAUAAGUCUGAACCUAGACAAAGCUGAUCAUUAUUUUGUGUUUAAAGAAAAUAUUAAAAUGAUUAUGGUCGGAAAGUUUUUGCUAAUUUUUCUGUCAAAACUAGCUGCUGCAGGUAAUCAACGGAAGCUUAACGCCAAUAGCAUUCCUGGGAUGUUGAAAUAUUACCCAUUUCCAUUGCUUAGUAUCAUUGCUCUUUUAGCAGUUGUACAAGCUCAAGCACAAUCGGGAUUCAUCAGUAUAGAUUGUGGCAUAUCAGAAAAUGCUACCUACACUGAUUCGACAACGAGCAUAGAUUAUGUUUCAGACGCUGCAUUCAUUGAUACUGGAAAAAGUAAAAGCAUAGCAGCUGAAUACACUAGAUAUAAUAUAAACCAACAGCUACAGAAUGUUAGAAGCUUUGCUGAAGGGGUAAGAAAUUGCUACAAGAUUGGAUUGAAAAAGGGCGCUAAAUAUUUGAUUAGAGCUGAAUUCCUGUAUGGAAAUUAUGAUGGUCAAAACAAAGCACCAAUAUUCGAUCUGUAUCUAGGAUCAAGCAAAUGGGAAACAGUUGAUACCAUUAAUUCAACCAUGAUUAUUACUAAGGAAAUCAUUCAUUUGAUUAACACGAGCUACAUAGAUGUCUGCCUGGUCAACACCGGCUCCGGAACACCUUUCAUGUCGAAAUUAGAACUGAGACCUAUCAGAAUCUCUGCGUAUAGUACCAGUCUCGGAUCAUUAGCACGAUUUUCGCGGUCAGAUGUUGGUUCAACAACAAAUCGAACUCUUAGGUAUGCAGAUGAUGUUUAUGACCGUAUCUGGACUCCUAACCAUUUCUUUAAAUGGGCAGAGAUAAGUACGUCAGAGACUAUUGAUGCACUAGCUCAAAAUGAUUAUCGGCCUCCAUCAAUUGUCAUGAGGACUGCAGGCAUACCUGCAAAUGACAAUGAGCCUAUGACAGUCUCUAUAGACUUUGAAGACACCACUUUCAGAUUCUUAGUAUACAUGCAUUUCGCUGAAAUUUUAAAGCUGGAAGCCAACGAGUCCAGGCAAUUUAACAUUUCUUUGAAUGGGGAACAUUGGUUUGGACCUCUACGUCCUGAUUACUUGUACACAACCACUGUAUUCAGUCCAACAGUGUUGAGUGGAGGACAGUAUGAGUUUUCAAUCUAUAAAACUGAAAAUUCAACUCUUCCGCCCCUUCUCAACGCCAUCGAAAUUUAUUAUAUACUUGACCUCUCACAACCUCAAUCAAACCAAGAAGAUGUUGAUGCGAUUACGAAUAUCAAGUCAUCAUAUGGAAUAAAAAGGAACUGGCAAGGAGAUCCAUGCGCCCCUCAAGCCUACUUGUGGGAAGGUCUAAACUGCAGCUACAGUGGCAACGUCAUGCCCAGAAUCAUAUCCUUGAACUUAUCAUCAAGUGGAUUGACCGGCGAAAUACCUUCCUCCAUAUCCAGUCUUACAUCUUUAGAAUCUCUGGACCUAUCAAACAAUUAUUUGACCGGAUCGGUGCCUGAUUUUCUUUCUCAGUUGCCAUCCUUGAACGUCUUGAUCUUGACAGGAAACAGACUCAGCGGUUCGGUUCCACCUUCGCUCGUUGAAAAAUCAGAGCAGAAUUUGCUGGUAUUAAGUGUUGGUGGAAACGCAAAUCUAUGUUUGAAAAGUUCAUGCAAGAAUGAAAAGAAAAACAACGUAGUUGUUCCAGUAGUGGCAUCAAUUGCUGGCGUGCUAAUAAUCAUUUCUGCGUUGGCUGCCAUAUUAUAUACCCGUAAAAGAAGAAAACAACAAGUACCACUAGCUGUAGAAGAAGAUACCAAAACUAGCAAUAUAUAUGGUCCACUGGAAUCAAAGGAACGACAGUUCACUUAUUCUGAGAUCCUGAAUAUUACCAACAACUUCGAGAGGGUUCUUGGUAAGGGAGGAUUUGGAACAGUAUACCACGGCUACUUAGAUGACACUCAAGUAGCUGUAAAGAUACUCUCUCCAUUAUCUGCCCAAGGAUAUAAGGAGUUUCAUGCAGAGGUUAAACUUCUUUUGAGAGUUCACCACAGAAACUUAACAAGCCUUGUUGGGUUCUGUAAUGAAGGCACCAAAAUGGGGCUCAUCUACGAGUACAUGGCCAAUGGAGAUCUAGAACACCUAUUGUCAGGUAGAAACAGACAUGUAUUGAAGUGGGAGAGGAGACUAGACAUAGCUGUUGAAGCCGCAAAGGGAUUGGAAUAUCUGCACAAUGGAUGCAAGCCACCAAUUGUACAUAGAGAUAUAAAGACUGCAAACAUCUUAUUAAAUGACCAAUUCCAAGCCAGACUUGCUGAUUUUGGGCUGUCCAAAUCUUUCCCAGUUGAAGGCGGCACUCAUGUAUCAACAGUUGUUGCCGGCACCCCUGGCUACCUUGAUCCUGAGUAUUCUAUGACAAACUGGCUAACAGAAAAAAGUGAUGUGUACAGCUUCGGGGUUGUUCUCUUAAAGAUAAUCACAGGCAGGCCAGUGAUUGCAGUAAUAGAUGAGAGAAGUAUUCACAUAAGCCACUGGGUUAGUUCUCUGGUCGCAAAUGGUGAUAUUAAAACAGUUAUUGAUCCGUGCUUAGGUGGAGAUUUCGACAUUAACUCUGUGUGGAAAGCUGUAGAAGUAGCAAUGGCUUGUACUUCUCCCACUUCUGCUGGCAGGCCAACUAUGAAUCAAGUAGUGAGAGAACUUAUCGAGAGCUUAGCGGAAGAAACAGCUCGAGCAGAGGAAGGACAUAAGACUAAGUCCAUUGUAAUGAUGACUGAAUCAACUCCACUAGCCAGGUAGUAGUGCACUAGAAGAAAUGACAGGCCAAUUGUGGGGAUUGUCCCUUGGACUAGCUCGGAGUGGUACUUUAGUGAAUAUGCGCAUGAAGUUGAGCCGGGCACUGCGUGACACAUUUGUUUAAAUCAAAAUAUCAUUCUUUACUGAUUAUUUUACGGUUUUACCUCUAGUGUCAGGACCUUUUUUUUUUUUUGUGCUACUUGUUUGAUCAAGGGUCAUUCUUGUGCUAGCUUCAGCACCUUUUUAGAGGAUGUUUAAAGCAUAUCUGACAUUAGAGACUGGAUCAAAUAUGAAGCAACCUGGUAUGCGCUUGAAUACUUUGAGAUGGGUUUUAAGUUGAACUACAAUUUCAGAUGUUCCCUUUUA